UUUAAUAUUUGUUGCCCUUGCACGCAGACAGAUCGCACUCUCUACUUGCUCUAUCAGCCGCACUCAACCCAUUUCUCCUUCUUCUCUUUGAUCUCUCCAUCAAACUAUAGGAGAGAUGGCUGUAUCUGAAGCACCCCAAACCCCAACCCCUCAGAUGGUUGGCAAUGCUUUUGUGGAGCAGUAUUAUUCUAUUCUGCACCAAAACCCCGAUCAGGUUCAUAGGUUUUACCACGAUUCAAGUGUCAUGAGUCGACCUGAGGAAGAUGGUACCAUGAUAACUGUCACUACCACUGCAGAAAUUGAUAAAAAGAUAAAAUCUCAUGAUUACACAAGCUUUAGAGUUGAGGUUUUGAGUGCUGAUGCUCAGCCUUCAUAUAAUAAUGGGGUAAUGGUUGUAGUGACUGGCUGCUUGACUGGAACUGACAAUGUCAAACGCAAGUUUGCUCAGUCAUUUUUCCUAGCCCCACAGGACAAGGGCUUCUAUGUUUUGAAUGAUGUGUUUAGAUAUGUUGAGGAGUAUAAGUCGGUUGAUAUUGAGUCUGUACCAUCUAAUGAUGCUGAUGAAAGUGCUCCAUCGGAAGCUUUUACUCCAGAGCCUGAGCCUAAUCAUGUUCCUGAAGACAUUCCACCCAGACAAUCUGUUGUUGCUGAUACUGACACUAACAUCAGCAAAGAAGUGAGCCUACCGCUGGAGAAUGGAAAAUUAUCAGUUACUGAAAAUGUGAUUCCUGUUAAUCAUGUUAAAGAGACAAUUCAUCAGGAACAACCCUCAAGCACUGAGAAAGUUGCUUCUAAUACACAGGAGGAUACUCCAAAAAAGUCUUUUGCAUCCAUUGUGAAUGCUUUGAAAGAUAACUCUAAACCCUUCCAUUUGAGGACUUCUCCUGCAAAACCUGCUGUGCAACAACCCCGUGUUAUUAGUGCGCCUGCUCCUGAAGCACCAGCCCCUAACACGGACAGUCCAUUAGAAAAGAAUAAUGAGAAUGCAGGUAAGGCUCAUGCAAUUUUUGUUGCAAAUUUGCCUAUGAAUGCAACAGUAGAGCAAUUGGAUCGGGUUUUCAAGAAAUUUGGCCCCAUUAAACCCAAUGGUAUUCAAGUUAGAAGCAACAAGCAACAGGGAUCAUGUUUUGGUUUUGUGGAAUUUGAAUCUGCUGCUUCAAUGCAAAGUGCCCUAGAGGCCUCUCCUCCUGUUAUGUUGGACAACCGUAGACUUUCAAUUGAAGAAAGGCGAGCUAAUAAUGAUAGGGUGCGAUAUUCAUCAGGACGGGGUGGAUUCCGAACUGACAACUUCAGGGGCCGUGGCAACUUUGGUGGCGGCCGCGGUGGUGGCUUUAACGGCAGGAACGAUUUUGAGAAGCGAGGUGAGUUCUCUGGCAGGCCUCGAGGUGGCAAUAACAAUGGCAAUAACAAUGGGCGAAGCAAUGGGGAUGCUGCACCUAGGAGUUAUCAGAAUGGUGGAAAAGUCACUCGUCAACCGGUGAAAGUUCAAUAAAGUGCUUCUUUUUGUUGGUAAUUGAGUGGCAACAGGAGAUUCUUAAUAGAUAGCGGCAUCUAGCGGUUUUUGUUUGCAAUUGGAUUAGAGUCCUUUUUUCUUUGUAGUUUCUGUGAUCUUUUUGAGUCAGAGUUCUUUGGUUAAAAGUGUUUCUUCUUACUUACAUCCUCUUUUUUCUUUAAUCUCUUCCAAUUUUGUUACCUACUGUAUCUAACUUUCUGGUAUGAUUGUUUUGGAAUUGGCCAGUUAUAUACCAUUUUUGUUAAAAUUAUAAUGUU